AUGCUCGUGAAAUCACUUUUCUUGGUUCUACCGCUUGCGAUAGCCCAUUCGUGGGUUGAACGGGUGAGGCGUCUCGGUCUGAAUAGGACCAUGAUCGGAGAUCCGGGGUUCAUCCGUGGCGCCAUGUUCCGACUUGAUCCAGUAUUCAAUGACCUAAAACAACAAUACCUACUCCCGCCUCCUGGCCGGGAUGCCAGCCUGGGAAUCCUGCCUUCUGAUCCUAUAUGCCGGGACUCCCAACAGACGGUCGGGCAAUUCAACGCAAGCUUGCCCCCAUUACAGGCGUCGCCGGGCGACUUUAUAGCCCUACAGUAUCAGGAAAACGGACAUAUCACUCUUCCCGAGAAUACGCCCCACAAACUAAGGAAUUCUACUGUAUUCAUAUAUGGUACCUGUUGUGGGAGAGUCUGUACCUCAUCGCCUUCUAAAGACGAUCGUCUUCUUUCUACCCACCGUGUCUGGAACGCAUGUGGGACCGGAGGGGAUCAAAGGGGGGUGUUAUUGGCUACACGGUCUUUUGAUGAUGGUCAAUGCUAUCAGAUUAAUAACGGGUCGAUCUCUUCGGCUCGCCAGAAGAUCUAUAGCAAAGUCCUUAUGAACCCUCAAGGGGUCGAUAUCUGGUGCCAGAACGACUUGCGACUUCCCACCGACAUACAUGAUAACUACACGCUCUACUGGGUUUGGGAAUGGCCGACUAUCCCGACUGGCAUGGUCCCUCAGGGCCGUAUGGAGGUUUAUACGACUUGUAUGGAUAUUCAGAUUCAGCCGGGCAUUCCAAAUGGAAUAGUAAUAUUCGAAAAGAAUCAGGAUUUGAACUUUGCUGGCAUUGAGGAGCAGAUGCUUGCCAAUUAGAUGCCAUAAAUCAGUUCCAUAAUUUUAUAGCAGUAGUUUCUUCGUUAAAUUGGAAGCAGGCUUCUUAGUUAACAUAUUUUACCCACUGAGGAUAUUUCAAUGGAAGUCUUAGUAAUGAGGCGUGAUUAGCUCUCGGCUUGGAACGUUUUGUACACGCUUGACCG